CUUAAAUCCUCGUCUGCACAGCUUAUCUCACAGUACGCACUAAGAUUACCAGCUUUAGAAUCGUACUACAUAUAUCAGCAAAUGGCGGCUUUAACAUCAACUGUGCUCUUCUUGUCUCUAAACCUACUGUUCUUUACUUUGGUGACUUCAGCUUAUGCUUCAUGCCCACCACCACCAAAGAGUACAAUACCUAAACGACCUCCAACUUAUACACCACCAAAAACCAACCCAUCCCCGAAAUUCCCAGUACCAUCGACAAAGCCUAUUCUUUGCCCAAGGGAUACCUUAAAACUGGCUGCUUGCGCUGAUGUGUUAAAUGGUGUUGUACACCUUAUUGUUGGAACACCACCUAACACUCCUUGUUGCAGCCUCAUUAAUGGUUUGGUUGAUCUUGAAGCUGCAGUUUGUUUAUGCACCGCCCUUAGAGCUCAGGUUUUGGGAAUCAACCUUGACGUUUCCGUGGCCCUCAGUUUACUUCUAAAUACUUGUGGCAAGAAAGUUCCAUAUGGUUUCCAAUGCGCAUAAUUUUUUCUAUACACUGGCAUGAACUGAUAAAUGCUGGCCUCUUAUCCGCUUAUUGCUUCUUUGUUUCCCUGGUUCCAACCUUUCGCUUCGUUUGUUUAGAUGUGUGUUUUCCCAAUGGUCGUUUGUUGUGCCUUUACUUCUUCAUGUUUUCCGAUUCUGCCUGUAAUUUUUAAAUUUUUGGUUAAAUUUGUGAUUAAUUCAGAAAGAUUGCCAUCA